CAGACGCCUCCAGUCCUUCUGGGAUGCCUUCUUCUCAUCAUGGCUGAACUCUUAGCUUCGUUCGACUACAAUGCAGACUGAAGAACGGUUUGCAAAGCAGAGCGAACAGGCAUGGCAAACUCCACCGAGACGAGAGAGGUGCCUGCCGCCGGCAACGGGACGAGCAAUAGCUGUGUCCCGGACAACGCCACCCAGUUCAACUUGACGUCCCACGAGCAGUCCCCGGACUUCUACAUCGUCCUCCCCGUGAUCUACUCCGUGAUCUGUGCCGUGGGUCUGACUGGCAACACGGCGGUCAUCUACGUGAUCCUCAAGGCCCCGAAGAUGAAGACGGUCACCAACAUGUUCAUCCUGAACCUAGCCAUCGCCGACGACCUGUUCACCCUGGUCCUGCCCAUAAACAUCGCCGAGCACCUUCUGCACUACUGGCCCUUCGGGGAGGUCCUCUGCAAGAUCAUCCUGUCCAUCGACCACUACAACAUCUUCUCCAGCAUCUACUUCCUCACGGUGAUGAGCAUCGACCGGUUCCUGGUGGUCCUGUCGACCGUCCGGUCGAAGCGGAUGCCGCACCGCACCUACCGGGCGGCUCGCAUCAUCAGCUGCUGCACCUGGAUCCUGGUGACGCUCAUCGUCUCCCCCUUCUUCGUCUUCGCCGACGUCUACAAAGACGACUUGGAGAUCCAGAGCUGCGGCCUCAACUUCCCCAAGCCGGAAAGGUUCUGGUUCAAGGCCAGCCGGAUCUACACGCUCAUCCUGGGCUUCGCCAUCCCCGUCUCCACCAUCUGCAUCCUGUACACCAUCAUGCUCUACAAACUGAGACACAUGCACCUGAACUCGAACGCGAAGGCCCUCGACAAGGCCAAGAAGAAGGUGACGGUGAUGGUCUUCAUCGUCCUGGCGGUGUGUCUUUUCUGCUGGACGCCCUUCCACCUCGCCACCAUCGUGGCGCUGACCACGGACUUGCCCCAGAGCUCCCUCGUCAUCGGCAUCUCCUACUUCAUCACCAGCCUGAGCUACGCCAACUCUUGCUUGAAUCCCUUCUUGUAUGCCUUCCUCGACGACAGUUUUCAGAAGAGCUUCCGGAAGAUGCUGGAAUGCCAGGCUGCUUAA